ACCGGGCCGUGGGUGCUGGGGAAUCCGCAGGUUGCGAGGCUGUGGUGAAAACCACCCCCUCCAGGCGAGGGGUCCCUGCGUGGUUGUGGUGGCUGCCGUCCCCGCGGGCUGCGUGUCCCGCUCAGGCUGCACAUCCUGCUUAAAACGCCGCGCAAAGGGAGGCGGAGGUUGCGCACGGGGGGUUGAGGGUUCGGUUCCCUGCCAGGGCCGUGGCUUGAAGAUGAGGAAUGUCUAUGUGUCUCAGGCAGCCAAGACAGUCAGCACUUCAUGGGAUGAGCUGAAAGGCAGAAAGAUUGCUUUGUGAAAAGCAUCCUUGCUGAUGGCCUUGAUCUGGAGCUUCUUGGAUGUGAUUAACUUUGGCAUCAGGGAAGCAGUCCAUCACUCCAUCCAACCUGCUUGAGCCCACAUCUCUUCUCCAACAUUAGCAACAGCACUGGAUUUGCCAAACCUGAACUUUCAAUUACCAUAGGCUGAGUAGCAUCACAGAGGAGCAGGUGAGCCUGGAAGAGCUGUCUGAAGCUUUGGACAGCACACAAAUGGUCCCCAGGCGUGGGCUUCAGCACGCAGCUGUCACCUCCUACAGAUACAAAUUGCAAUGCCUUAGGAUCCGGGUGAUGCAGAUUGCCAGGGAGAGGGACAAGGCGAGGAUGGACUUGGAGAAGGUGGAGAGCCGCUGCCUGCAGCUCGGCAGGGAGUUGGACGAGCAGUAUGUCGCUCUUGAGCACACCCAGACCAAGCUCAAGGAUGUUAAUGCAGAAAUAGAGGCAAAAGAGCUGCUUUUGCGGCAAGCAGUCAAUCACCAAAUGAAGCUGGAAGCUGAUACACGGUUCCUCCAGGGCAAAGAGGCCAGCCUGCAGGAGAGACUGAACCACACAAUGAAGGAGAACACUCAGCUGCAAAACAAGGCCAUGAAGAUGGCUGAGAAACUGGCAGCCUCUGAGAAGAUGGUGUUGGACCUGCAGAAAGAACUCAGCUAUGUUGUGAAAGACAAGCUGGACCAGGUGGAGCCCAACAUCCCAGAGCUCCUAAACCACAACGAGUGCUUUGCAGAAAUUGUCCUGGAGUAUGAGCGGCAGUGCCAGGUGCUGUGGGACCAGAAUGGAAUGCUGCAGAGGGAGCUGGAGAGGCUUCGUCUCCAGCUAGAGGAGAACAAGGCUGAGAGAGAGCUGCCAGCAGGAGGCUUGUCCUCACAGGGCUCCUCUCUGCCAGUGUGCCAUUCUCCCAGCCCUCCAGCUCCCAGUUCUUCAUGCCCAGUGAUGUCACUCUCAACAGAGCAGCUCCAAGAGCAGCUGCUGAACCUGAAGGUACAGCUGGAAAGCAAGAUCAACUAUUACGAGGAGGAAAUCAAGUUGAUGAGGGAAAACUUUGAGAGAGAGAGGAAGGACAGUGAGGAAAGCUUCAAGGCUGAGCUGUGCAAAAUGGAAGACCAGAAAAGAGACCUGGAAGAAACAGUUGCAAAGGGAGAGCUGUGCUCGCUGCUGAAGGAGAACAGCUUUCUGAAAAGUCAACUCGAGAGACUCCAGCAAGAGCUGAAGCUGGCAAAGGAGAAGGGCAGCCAACGCGAAGAGAGUCAUGUGAGUGAGCUGGGCAGAGAGGAGCUGGAGGAGGUGGCUGAAGCAACAACAGAGUUAAAAAUAUUGAGUGAGAAGAGCAAAGGGGAGGUCUCCCACCAGAAUGUGAAGGUGCAUCAGCUGGGCUCUGCAGAGCCAAAGGCUUUUGGAGGCUGA